AUGUACACGCAACAACAGGUACACAACACACGCAUGCACUCGCAACAACAGGUACACAACAAACGCAUGCACACGCAACAACAGAUACACAACACACGCAUGCACACGCUUCUUGAUAUGCAUCUUCAGAAAUCGACACUCAUCUCGUACCUGGAGACGCCUGAAAUGGUUGCACCAUCAAGCACUUCCCUACCCUCACUUUCAGACCCAGUUGACACAUACACUUUGAACUCUAACAUUGACACACAGCUUAACUUAGACUUAGACAUUAUCAACAACGAUAAAACACCCUCACACUAUCUCAGUACCUUUGUGCCUGUGUAUGUGACACCAUCAGAACGACAAACUAGUAGUGUGACUAGUAGUGUAGAUAAAAUGACACAAACACAAGGAACAGAACGUGUUAAACAAAACGCAUUUACUCAGACCACCCAAACACCAAUAGUACGGCCUGAGUAUAUUGAAGCAUAUGGUGUUCGAUGGGAAUGGAAGGUGGUCAAUGCAGAUACACGUCCGGAAGAAAAGCAAUCAUGGAAGGUCAUCGCUAAUAACGAGACCUUCGGUCCAAAAGAUGAAAUUGCGCGGGAUACAAUCACUUACUUCUAUGCCAUGUUUCCUUUAGGCAAUCUAGUAGAGACGUGUGCACUGGCGAAUCUUUUGCUAGCUAAAUGUAAGGAUAGGAAGUAUGGACAUCCGUUGACGCCAGGGGAGCUAUUGAGAUGUUUCGGGGUCUAUAUGCAGUUCUUCUUCAUUGAUUUUAGCAAGCAGCCGUGCGGAUUGUUGGCGAAGGCAGCAAUGAGACCAUGA